CUCACCAACUCAUGUCAGAAAAAAGUCACGGAAAACCUGGAACAAGAUAAUAAUGUGAUUUACAACGAUAGCUCUCUAGAUUCAACACCAAUCGACGAAGAAAAAACAUUUGAAAAUUCCGAUACAGAUGAAAUGUCUGAAAACGUUGCACAUCCAGUACCGAGGGGCAUCGUGAAUCCGAACUAUCCCGGCUUCCAGCACUUAGCGCAUACUUUGCAGGAUUAUUCAACAAACAUUGAAAACUUUUAUCAAUCGGAAAAUGAAAUGACAGAUGACGAUCUGGACACGGAAAAUAUAGACGCAACUGGUCAGUUAAAAACAAGUGAAAGCGAAAUCAACUUAAAUAAUAACAAUUUGACUAAUUAUAAAUCAAAGGAAAUUAAUCAAUUGAGUGAUUUGCAAUACAAAACUAGAAAUUCAGAUGAUACACAAAAUGAUAUACCAGAUUUAUUGAAAACUGUAUCUAACAAUAACACAUGUGAAUCUAUUAACUUUGAUUGCUCAGAUACAGACAUUGAAAAUAAUUUUCAUACUAAAGAUAUCAUUGGGGAUUUUAACAAGGAAAUAGAGGAUGAAAUAAAGCAACUUUUGAAUUAUAAUAUUAAUAUACAGGACGAUCUUGAAGAGUUAAGAAAAGACAUAAAAGAUACCUUUGCGAAACCUAUAGAAAAUACAAUAAAUAAUAUUAGUGAUGUUAUGAAUCAUGUCAUAAAGAAAUUGGUCGAAACACAUGACGGUGGGGAGAAUACUGAAACUGAUCCACCACCUACGUCCUAUAACAAGGAAGAUGCAGAGGAAUUAAACAAUGUUAAUAAAGAUAACGAAAAAAACACAAGAACCGAAAUGAAUUUAAGCAGGCCUACAUUUUUGUUAAUAGAAAAUGAUUCAAAUAACAAAAUACAAGAUGCCAUACUAUCAGACGGUAAAGACGAAAUUAAUAUUUAUGAACAUGAAUACGAUACAGAAGCGUUAAGUCACAAUGUAGAGAAUACAAUAAAACAAUUAAGUACGGAAUUGAGAAAAAUUAUACCGAAACUAAACGAAAUGCGGGAGCGUGACCGACUGUGGUCUGAGAACAUAAAAGAAACUGCUUCUGUUAUGAUGGAUAAAAAUUCUAAUGAAAUUACCAAUUCAUCUUGUUCGAGUUUGACUGUAAAGUCCAAAAGUGAAAAUUAUACAGAGAAAGUAAAAGAGAAGAAAUGUGAAUAUAGCACUUCAAGUAAAUUUAGGAAAAACUCAACUAUAUUGCCAAAUGCGAAAAAGGCAUGUAGCGACCGAUAUUCAUCUCAGACCAGUGCAAUAAAGUCACCUAAUACUAAAAGUACUGCAUCCGUCCGUACACUCGACAAGGCAAAGGAAUAUGAUUUAGAUAGUUUUGAUGUUUACAACAUUGAAACUGCCUUACCAAAAAUAGACUUGGAUGCCAUCGAAAGUCAUUUAAAAGCCGCAAAAGAAGCAGAAAGGCGGAAACGCAAUGACAGGGAAGAGAUUAGAAAACGACUGGCAAUGGAUGCUGACAGUGAAGAAUAUUAUAGUUUAGGACACACAGACAGACCUGGCAAGAAACCCAGUUUACAUUCACGUCUCCAGAAUGGAAAGAAUCUACAAAUAUGUUUUAUGAAUGAAACUGCAUCAGAUAAUGAAUCCCAAGCAUCUGAUAUAGAGAAAAAUAUAAAAAGUGCUAGUAAAACUUUACCCCCUACAAGUAUUUUUGGGAUCACUCAAAACCAUCCAUAUCAAACAAGACCACUUUCAGUUAAUAUUACCAAAAAUGACAGCGCCCCGCUAUUUGGACCUAAACUGCGUCAAUCGCCAUUUACGUUAAAGACGUCAAAAUCUCGUUCAACACAGUCAUUAAAUCACAUUGACAUCAAGGAGACUGAUUUCUAUGCUCUGCAAGCGAGGCUACAGACCGAGGCCAGGAUUGCAUUGGCCCAAGCUAAAGAAAUGGCUCAUAUACAAAUGGAGAGAGAGCGUCACAGCCGCGCGGUAUCACCGGUGACAGAGAUGCUGCGCCGUAGUAUGGAGAAGGCGAAUGCACCUCUCGCACCAGACCGCCGCCGUGUCUCUCGCCAACUCCUCACCGAUAUGAACAUUGCUCAGUUACAGGUGAUAGUAAACGAGUUGCACUCUCAGAUUGAAUCUCUGAACGACUCCUUAGUGAAAUUGUUGAUGGCACGAGACGAGCUGCACAUGGGACAAGACUCCAUGCUCGUUGAUAUUGAAGAUCUCACCAGAUAUCUGGGUGUCAAAGAGCAGACGAAAAAGACAAAGGGCACCGCUAAAUCAGGCGUGAGACGACUUACAUCGCUCGUUAACAAAUAAGGUCUUACCAAACUCAACACCCACACAAUAUUUUACAAUCGAGCCUUAUACGUCCAGUCGGACCAAUGGUUAACAUACCUGCUCACGACAAAAACAAACAUUUUAAUACAUAAACAACAUAACUAUUUAACAUCUAAAAUAUAUAUCUUUAAAAUACUAUUUCUAUGUAUCCACAAUAUAGUAUAUAAAUAUUUGGAUGUUGUUAAAGUGGGUACACAUUAUUGUGUUGUGCAGUUGAAUCUAACUUAUAAUCAAGGAAGGUCUAGAUUUUUGCCUGUUAAUUUAUUUCUUUAUGCCUCUUGCUGCGUCUAAAUCAAACUUUCUUUAACUCCAAUUUUUUGGAGUUAAGAUUUUUGAAGAAGCAUCUUUAAAAUAUUCUAGGGUUGGUUCUAGUGUUAGCAGGCAAUUUUGAACAUAAUGUAUACGUACUUUUACAACAUCUGUUAAAAACAAAAUAUUUCUAUUAUUCAUUGAUAACACUAAAAAUCAUUUUAUUGUUGUCUCAAUUUCUUCAAACAGUACGACAAGGAAGGAGAUAUGUUUUUUUUAAUUCUCUCUGAAAUGUAUGUAUUAAAAUGUUUGUCAAAACCCAAUGUAGUGAGAUAAUUAUGUGUUGACGUUAGUACAAUCCUACGUAUACAUACACACAAACCUUUUGUAAGGUUUUAUAUGAUGUGUAUUUGUACACAUUUUGUCCAUAAUGUUAGUAAAGUUAACACAAUUUCAGUUUUAACUGAACAGUCCGAUUGUUCAGCAAAAACUGAACAUGUGCAGCUUAAUGUUAAAACAUAGCUUAAUCGAUAACUAUAACUCGAUAUUAACCAAUUACGUGUAUAAACAGUUGUAUGUCUAUUGUAUAUCGGAUACGCUCCUUGUUAUUGUCAUUAUUUACUUCGACUUUAUAUAUUUACUUUGUAUUUGUAUAUAGAGGUUUUUAAUAUCUCCGUCGCAUUUCUCCUUCUAUAUACAUGUAUUAGCGAUGUAUCAUAUCCGCUUCAAUAUGAAUAUUUAGCUCAUCUAGUUGUAGGUAUU